UGAGGCUGGGGGCGAAUCGCCGAAGAGCUGCGUGUCGACAGCGCACUCUGAUUGGACAGCGGGGAAGCCUGUCAGCUUAUUGGCCCCGCUGAUCCCGCCCCGUAGCGCAGGGCAGCCUUUAACCUUUGGCCCCAGCGGACGCCAGCCACUCAGAUCGCUUCUUGUUGGUAUGUGUAGCGGCAGUGGCCGCCGGCGGAGCAGUCUGAGCCCGACGAUGAGGCCGGGGACGGGAGCUGAGCGUGGAGGCCUCAUGGUGAGUGAAAUGGAGAACCAUCCUCCUUCGCGGGGUCCCGGGGACGGGGAGCGGAGAUUGUCCGGCUCAAGCCUCUGCUCCAGCUCUUGGGUCUCUGCUGACGGCUUCCUGAGGAGACGGCCCUCGAUGGGGCACCCUGGCAUGCAUUAUGCCCCAAUGGGAAUGCACCCUAUGGGUCAGAGAGCCAAUAUGCCUCCUGUACCUCAUGGAAUGAUGCCGCAAAUGAUGCCCCCUAUGGGAGGGCCGCCAAUGGGACAAAUGCCUGGAAUGAUGUCUUCAGUAAUGCCUGGAAUGAUGAUGUCUCAUAUGUCUCAAGCUUCCAUGCAGCCUGCCUUACCGCCAGGAGUAAAUAAUAUGGAUGUAGCAGCUGGUACAGCGUCUGGUGCAAAAUCAAUGUGGACCGAACAUAAAUCACCUGAUGGAAGGACUUACUACUACAAUACUGAAACAAAACAGUCUACUUGGGAGAAACCGGAUGAUCUGAAAACACCUGCUGAGCAACUUUUAUCUAAAUGUCCCUGGAAGGAAUACAAAUCUGACUCUGGAAAGCCUUACUAUUAUAAUUCUCAAACAAAAGAAUCCCGCUGGGCCAAACCUAAAGAACUUGAGGAUCUUGAAGGAUACCAGAAUACCAUUGUUGCUGGAAGUCUUAUUACAAAAUCAAACCUGCAUGCAAUGAUCAAAGCUGAAGAAACCAGUAAGCAAGAAGAGUGCACCACAACAUCAACAGCCCCAGUUCCUACAACCGAAAUUCCGACCACAAUGAGCACCAUGGCUGCCGCAGAAGCUGCAGCCGCUGUUGUUGCAGCCGCAGCGGCAGCUGCUGCCGCUGCUGCUGCAGCCAAUGCCAGUGCUUCCACCUCUGCUUCUAAUACUGUGGGUGGAACUGUUCCAGUUGUUCCUGAGCCUGAGGUUACUUCGAUUGUUGCUACUGUUGUAGAUAACGAAAAUACAGUAACAAUUUCAACUGAAGAACAAGCACAACUUACUAGUACUCCUGCUGUUCAGGAUCAGAGUAUGGAAGUAUCCAGUAAUACUGGAGAAGAAACAGCUAAGCAGGAAGCAGUAGCUGAUUUUACUCCCAAAAAAGAAGAGGAGGAAAGCCAACCAGCAAAAAAGACCUAUACUUGGAAUACAAAGGAGGAGGCAAAGCAAGCAUUUAAAGAAUUAUUAAAAGAAAAGCGAGUACCAUCUAAUGCUUCAUGGGAACAAGCUAUGAAAAUGAUCAUUAAUGAUCCACGAUACAGUGCUUUAGCAAAGUUGAGUGAAAAAAAGCAGGCCUUUAAUGCUUACAAAGUCCAGACAGAGAAAGAAGAAAAAGAAGAAGCAAGAUCGAAAUACAAAGAAGCUAAGGAAUCCUUUCAGCGUUUUCUUGAAAAUCAUGAGAAAAUGACUUCCACAACCAGAUACAAAAAAGCAGAGCAAAUGUUUGGAGAGAUGGAAGUCUGGAAUGCAAUAUCAGAACGUGAUCGUCUUGAAAUCUAUGAAGAUGUUUUAUUCUUUCUUUCAAAAAAAGAAAAGGAGCAAGCAAAGCAGUUACGAAAGAGAAAUUGGGAAGCCUUAAAAAACAUACUUGACAACAUGGCUAAUGUAACAUACUCUACUACGUGGUCUGAAGCACAGCAGUAUCUGAUGGAUAAUCCAACCUUUGCAGAAGAUGAGGAAUUGCAGAACAUGGAUAAAGAAGAUGCAUUAAUUUGCUUUGAAGAACACAUCCGAGCUUUAGAAAAGGAAGAAGAAGAAGAAAAACAAAAGAGUUUGCUAAGGGAAAGGAGACGACAGCGUAAAAAUAGAGAAUCUUUUCAGAUAUUUUUAGAUGAACUGCACGAACAUGGACAACUGCAUUCUAUGUCAUCUUGGAUGGAAUUGUAUCCAACAAUUAGUUCCGACAUCAGAUUCACUAAUAUGCUUGGUCAGCCGGUUUUUUCAUUAGGAUCAACUGCACUUGACCUUUUCAAGUUUUAUGUUGAGGAUCUUAAAGCACGUUAUCAUGAUGAGAAGAAGAUCAUAAAAGACAUCUUAAAGGAUAAAGGAUUUGUAGUUGAAGUGAAUACUACUUUUGAAGACUUCGUGGCCAUAAUCAGUUCAACUAAAAGAUCAACCACAUUAGAUGCUGGAAAUAUUAAGUUGGCUUUCAAUAGUUUACUAGAAAAAGCAGAAGCCCGUGAACGUGAACGAGAAAAAGAGGAGGCUCGGAAGAUGAAACGAAAAGAAUCUGCGUUUAAGAGUAUGUUGAAACAAGCUACUCCUCCAAUAGAAUUGGAUGCUGUCUGGGAAGAUAUCCGGGAGAGAUUUGUAAAAGAGCCAGCAUUUGAGGAUAUAACUCUAGAGUCUGAAAGGAAACGAAUAUUUAAAGAUUUUAUGCAUGUGCUUGAGCAUGAAUGUCAACAUCAUCAUUCAAAGAACAAGAAACAUUCUAAAAAAUCUAAAAAACAUCACAGGAAACGUUCCCGCUCUAGAUCGGGGUCAGAUUCAGAUGAUGAUGACAGCCACUCAAAGAAAAAAAGACAGCGAUCAGAGUCUCGGUCUGCUUCAGAACAUUCUUCUAGUGCUGAAUCUGAGAGAAGUUAUAAGAAGUCAAAAAAACAUAAGAAGAAAAGCAAGAAGAGGAGACAUAAAUCUGACUCUCCAGAGUCUGAUGCUGAGCGAGACAAGGAUAAAAAAGAAAAAGACCGAGAAAGUGAAAAAGACAGAACUAGACAAAGAUCAGAAUCAAAACACAAAUCACCUAAGAAAAAGACUGGAAAGGAUUCUGGGAAUUGGGAUACUUCUGGCAGUGAGCUGAGUGAAGGGGAAUUGGAAAAGCGCAGAAGGACCCUUCUGGAGCAACUGGAUGAUGAUCAAUAAAUUAUACCAAAUAUAUGUUUACAGUAUGAUUUAAAGUCUAAUUCAGACCAGGGACUCUAUUUUAAAGUUCAAUUGAAAUAACACUGGGUUUUAAUUAUAUCACAGGAAAAAAAAAAAAGUGCAUUUAAGUAUUGUUAUUGUGGACUUUAUAAAAGCAAAGGAAAUUGAAAAUAACUUUUGAUUCUGUAUCAAGAAUCAUAUUUUCAUACGGUCAUAACUGUCUUUCUGAGACCCUUUCAUAGGGCACUGCAGGAUGGAUUAAAGGUGGCAAUUUACUGAUAACUGCAGAUGUCUCUACUUUGUUCUGAAGUCUAAGUCAUGAGGCGAUUUGAUUUACUUUAUAGAAGUUGGAUUUUGAAGAUAUAACGAAAAAUUUUUUGAUAUUUAGUAGUACAAAAAAAGCACCAGCAACUGACAAAACUGCUUUUUUGUGCACUACCCAACUGGUUAAAGCUGAUACGAUCUUUUGUGGUGAACUCAGAAAUAGGUGUUCAUAAUGGAAACCUGGUAGACCCUUAACUAUAGUGGUGCUAAUGAGCACCUACUAUAAUAAAGCCACCAUUAUUUUUUAUGAAACAUCGGAGUACAUUUUAAAAAGGCUGUCGUGAGGGCAUUAUUUUGAGGUGAUGUUUAAAAAGAUAACAUCAAAUCAAAUUGUAAAUUAGUUUAAAUAUAUUUGCCUUAAGGACCUACUAAAGAAUGUGCCACCAAACUUUAAGUGAUAGUUGCAAUAUCCUUGUCUGAAACAAAAAUCAAUGUUGACUUAAACAUUUUCUUUAACAGUUGUCUUUUUUUUUUUAAAUCCAAUCUUUUCUCUUGCUUUUUUUCAUUGAGGAAGUCUUUUAUCUUCCCUACUCACUGAGAAGUAUUGACUUCGUGGUACACAUUCUAAAGCAUUUCUGAUUUGAAUAUUUUUGUACAUUUUUAUCAAUUAUUAAACCUUCUCUUCUAGCGUGUA